UUCAGUAUAAAUAGUGGACUGCUUCUAUGUUUCUAUUUACACCGCUUUCCGUGCAUCUGCCCAUCCCGGGUGUGGUUGGGAGCUAGAGAUGAAGGGUCACCUUGUCCUCGGACUCCUUCUCUUGGAACUGGCCCACACCCGGCUCGCUGGUUCUGCAGCGGUUCCAACCGUCCCUUUCCUGUCAGAGGAAAGAUCCAUUGAUGGGCCGAAGGUGGAACUGAAAUGCAUCGCUCCCAGUGUACUGUUCAAAACGAAGGGCGGCGUGGAGAUCUGCGUGGAACCUUCUGAGACAUGGAUGCAGAAAGCGCUAGAUGCGCUGAAGAAACGCUUUCAGCAAGGCUAGUACGAAGAAGCCGCCAGAGCCCUGGGACAGAGGCGACUCGUCAAAUACAACAUGUGUCCUGGGCAGUAUCAGCCGACUAUAAUCGCCGUCUCUGCUUGCAAUGAUCAUUCGCUUCAGGCCAUGUAACCGGCGGCCCUGGGCAUAUGUCCUUUCGGUAGUGUACUCUGUCCUUGCUCAGUCUACCUCCCUCUUGGUUCUGGCGAUGCUCGGAGUACUUGCUUCCGCAGUCGAAGAAGAGAGCCAGAUCUAUACACCUAAACAUCAGUAUAAUAAUGUAGAUAAUAAAUUCAGCCAUGCACCUCUCUGUGGCUUGGUAUUAAACGAGUACGUUUCUCAUUGCACUAUCGCUAACACAGGGAAUCCAUGAUCGUCGCCGUCACUAAUCUUCUGGAUUUUUUUGAGGAUGCAACAAGUAGAAUGGAUAAGAGAGAGCCCGUGUAUAUGGUGUAGCUGGACUCUAAAAGCUCUUGACAAGGUCCCACACAAGAGAUUAGUGCGCAAAAUUAGAGCACUUGGUAUUGGGGAUAGGGUAUUGACAUGGAGGGAGAAUUGGUUGGCAGACAGGAAGCAAAGAGUAGGAAUUAACGGAUCAUUUUCAGAGUAGUAGGCAGUGACUUUAGGGGUGCCGCAUGGCUCGGUGCAGGAACCUCAGUUAUUUACAAUAUCUAUUAACAAUUUAGAUGAGGGAAUUAAAGGGGACAUCUCCAAGUUUGAGGAUAACACAAAGCUGGGUGGCUGUGUGAGGUGCGAUGAGGAUGCUAUGACGCUGCAGUGUGACUUGCAUAGCAGAUGCAGUAUAAUGUGGAUAAAUGUAAGGUUAUACAUUUUGGUGGCAAGAACAGGAAGGUAGAUUAUUAUCUGAAUGGUGUCAGAUUAGGAAAAGGGCAGUUGCAACGAGACCUGGGUGCGCUUGUACAUCUGUCACUGAAAGUAAGCAAGCAGGCACAGCAGGCAGUGAGGAAAGCUGAUGGCAUGUUGGCCUUCAUUUCAAGAGAAUUUGAGUUUAGGAGGUCCAACUGCAGUUAUACAGGGCCCUGGUGAGACCGCACCUGGGGUAUUACGUGCAAUUUUGGUUUCCUAAUGUGAGGAAGGAUAUUAUUGCUAUUGAGGGAGCGCAGCGUAGGUUCAUCAGAU